UUGAAGGUGUGGGGUGCCCCGGCGGGGCUCGUGUGACAGGGUGUGCCUUUGUGUUGAACCAUCUAGACUGGACAGAAACAAUCCAGCGUAUAUUUAUAUACUUGGGAGCGCUUCUAAUUGAAAUGGUAGUGCUCCUACCUUUAUAAAUAUCAACAUGGAUUUGGGCCUUGAUUGAUUCGAGAAAGCUAGCUGGUUGGUUGAGUCAGAGUUGAAGAGGUUUCUUCAGUUGAGGGUGAACUGAACUGCACCUGAUUCAAACAUUGCAGUUAGUGCAACAGGUGUGCGUGUGGCUCGUGGCUUUGACAGAAAAUAAACAGUUUCUGAAGACUCGACAAAAUGGGUCGUCAGUGCUUGCUUCCCUUGGAGCUGGCUGACUGCUUGACAGACAGCCCCUACUUCCGGCAAAAUCUGCAUGCUUAUGAAAAGGAGCUUGAAAACACCAGUGCAUCAAUUAAAUCUCUGGUGAAGGACAUCAAAGAAGUUCUUGAUGCCGCAAAACAGCUGUCGCGAUGUCAGCGGGCGUUCGCCAACAGUCUGGACAAGUUCCAGUUCGACUGCAUCGGCGGGUCACAGACAGAUGACGAGAUCGUCAUCGCUGGCAGUCUCAAACAGUUCGCCUCGCUCAUCAACCUGAUCGAGGAGGAACGCCAGAGAAUGCUCGAACACGGCCACAAACAGGUGAUCGGAGCACUGGACACAUUCCGAAGGACGCACAUCGGCGCCGCAAAGGAGGGCCGGAAGAAGUUUGAGAAGCAGACGCAGAAGUUUUGCUCCAGCUUGGAGCGGCACCUGAACCUGUCCACCAAGAAACUGGAGAACCAGGCCAUGAAAGAG